AUGACUGGGGGAACAACAAAAGUCCGGGUCUUAAACAAUGAACAUUUCUCACGAAAGCUCCAGCACCGAGGUCAGUUCCCCCUCCGGCUCCCUCCGCCGAUGCUUCUCCAUGGAGAGGAGAAGGAGCCCGGAGGUCCCCGCGCCCAGCCCCCGGCCCGGCCGCAGCGCAUCGCCACCUUGACCCUGCGUUUCUCCCUCGGGAACGGCUGCCUGUCCCGGGCGGUUCGCGUUUUCGAGUCAUUUGGAGCUAAAAUCCACCACCUAGAAGGCAGAGCCACCACAAAAUCCAAGGGUACUUUGAGGGACCUGGAAUUUUUUGUGAGCUGUGAAAUCCAUAACUCCAACACCACCCUGCUUAUUAAUACCCUAAAAGCAAUGGCCGAAGAUGUGCAAACAAACCAGGAAGAAAGAGUUCCAUGGUUUCCCAAGAAAAUACAAGAUCUUGACAACUGCCAUCACUUGAUUUCCAAGUAUGAACCUGAUUUGGAUCAUGAUCAUCCUGGUUACCGUGACCUAGAAUACAGGAAGCGCAGAUCUGACAUUAUGUCUCUGGCUUUUAACUACAGAGAGGGAGAUCCUUUACCUAGAGUGGAGUAUACAUCACAGGAGAUCUCCAUUUGGAGAGAAGUGUAUCAGAAGCUGAGGAGUCUCCACCCUACACAUGCCUGUAAACAGUACCUGGAUGCUUUUCAACAGCUAGAAAAGUGCUGUGGCUAUGAAGAAAACAGUAUUCCACAACUUCAGGAUGUCUCCAAAUUUUUAAAAGAGAGAACAGGCUUUCAGCUAAGACCUGCUGCAGGACUGCUCUCUGCUCGGGAUUUCCUGGCUAGCUUAGCCUUCCGCGUCUUCCAGAGCACCCAGUAUAUCAGGCAUGCUUCUUCCCCAAUGCACUCUCCAGAACCUGAUUGCUGCCAUGAAUUAUUGGGUCACAUCCCCAUGUUAGCAGACAAAGCAUUUGCUCAAUUUUCACAGGAUAUUGGUCUAGCUUCUCUUGGGUCAUCCGAUUCAGAGAUCCAAAAGCUGGCAACACUGUACUGGUUUACUGUUGAGUUUGGGCUCUGCAAACAAAAUGGAUCCAUCAAAGCCUAUGGGGCAGGACUUCUUUCAUCAUAUGGAGAGCUCAUGUAUGCCUUAUCAAACAAACCAGAAUACAAACCACUUGAUCUGGAAGUGACUGCGGUUCAGCCUUAUCAAGACCAGACCUUUCAGCCUGUCUACUUUGUAUCAGAAAAUUUUGACGAUGCCAAAGCUAAACUACAAAAAUAUGCCCUGAUGAUGAAGAAGCGCUUCUCAGCUUGCUAUGACUCUGUGUCCUGCAGCAUCAAGAUUCUAGGCUUGCCCCAGAAGGUCAAGACUGUCCUUAACCCAAUGAAAGAUGACCAAAAGCACCUCUGUCUUGCUCUCGAAAAUGUUGCCUAAGAUUGCAUCAGCAGCCAGGCUGAGCACAUCAGGUGACUUCUCCUGGGUUUUCCAGGGGGCUAUGGCCAUGCGCUGGCAAUAAGUAGGAAGGCUGCAGGUUAACCUGCAUCUUAAAAAUCACAUUGUUUUUUCUUAUGAUUUCAUUUAUUCCUGGCCUUUUUCAAGCUAACCCUCCUUUUCUGAAGCUAAUUUACUACAUCACAUUCUGAUCUCUACGGCCUCCAACCUGUUACUGAUAUCCUUCCUCCUUGUCUGGAGCUCCUACCCUUUUCACAUUCAACUGUUGUUCUGCCCAUCUCCAUAGCCCUUCUGAAAUCAGAUCCCUGCCAGGAGGCUUUCCUCAAUUUCCACUUUAGGACUCCCCAGUUGCCACUUUAGUACUUCCAAAGCCACUUAAGCCCUUGUGUACUCACUCCCCCUCCUUCCACAUCUACUCAGUAUAUAUCAUUAUACUUCAUUACUUCAUUUUACCUGUAAUUAUUUUAGUGUCUCUCUUCUCUGCUUAGAAUGCAAGAAACUUGAGACCAUAUCUAAUAUCUCUAUCAGAUCAUAUCUAAUAAUUCUA